UGAUGCGUGUGGCUAUUUUAUUGUUUGAGCAGCCAUAUUAUUUUUUUUUGCUAUGAACAAUAUUUAAAAUGGAUUUUAAUAAAUGGUAACCGUCGUUCAUGGUAUCAGAAAUGAUCAGUCAGCUUUGUUUAGUCAAUUUUUUUUAUUGUGCACACGUAGCAACAAACAAAUGAUCCAAGUACUUGUAGUGUUACAAAUUGGAACAGAAUUCUGUAUAGUGCAACCUUGAUGGUUUUCCAUUAGAAUUUCGGCAUCAAGAAUUACAAACCUUUGAAUGAUUAGGAAAAUAUUCUUACAGAGCUUUACAUGUGGUAUUAUUGGGCACCAUGUCAUUCUUAAGAGGAUCUGCCAAUUAUGUGUGGUGCACAACAAGUGUUCUGGGCAAAGGAGCUACUGGAGCUGUUUUUCAAGGAGUGAAUAAGAAUAACGGCGAGCCUGUAGCUGUUAAGACCUUCAACCAAGUCAGUCAUAUGCGUCCGCAUGACGUGCAAAUGCGAGAGUUUGAAGUUCUGCGAAAAGUAAAGCAUGAAAACAUUGUCAAGUUAUUAGCCAUUGAAGAAGAACAAGAUGGUCGUGGAAAAGUUAUUGUCAUGGAAUUGUGUACAGGAGGUAGCUUGUUCAAUAUCUUGGAUGAUCCAGAAAAUACUUAUGGCCUAGCGGAAGAAGAGUUUCUACUUGUUUUGGAACACUUGUCAGCUGGUAUGAAACACUUGAGGGACAACAAUUUGGUUCACAGAGAUCUGAAACCAGGAAACAUUAUGAAGUUCAUUGCUGAUGAUGGGAGUACAAUUUAUAAACUCACCGAUUUCGGAGCUGCCAGAGAACUGCAGGAGGAUCAGCAAUUCAUGUCUUUGUAUGGUACGGAAGAAUAUCUACAUCCUGAUAUGUACGAAAGAGCAGUACUUAGAAAACCCAUGGGAAAAAGUUUUGGUGCCACAGUAGAUCUUUGGUCUAUAGGUGUAACCUUGUAUCAUGUGGCAACAGGCCAAUUACCAUUUAGGCCUUAUGGUGGACGUAGAAACAGAGAAACAAUGUUUUACAUAACUACGAAAAAAUCGUCAGGUGUGAUAGCUGGUGCUCAGACAUCGGAAAACGGCCCUAUCGAUUGGAGUAGAGAAUUACCGUCUACUUGUCGUCUAAGUGCUGGCUUGAAAAGAUAUGUUACUUCACUGUUAGCUGGUCUUUUGGAAGUGGAUCAACAAAAAAUUUGGAGUUUUGAUAGGUUUUUUUCUAAAGUGACCGACACUCUUUGCAGAAGACCAGCAAUCAAUAUUUUCGAUGUUCAUGGGGGAAGUUUGAUUAAAGUGUACUUACAUCCAGAAGAAGAACGUUUUGCUGCACUCCAAGCACAUAUCCAUGAGCAAACAGGUGCUCCUCCCAGAGCCCAAAUACUUCUGAAAAGUCAAACUCCGAUUCUACAACUAGUGGAAGAAUCGACACCUGGCAAGGGCUACCCUUUGACCACCGUAGAUGAUCCGUUGUUUUUAUUUUCAAAAGAAAAUAACAAUGUUGUAACGCCUGCGGACUCGGAGCUUCCUAAAUUUCCAGUUUUUGGCGCUGUAGUGUCAGUGGAAAAUGACGCUAGUCAAGCGAAAACUGCAUGUUCGGUUGGGCACGAAUGCAAAAGAAGGAUCGACAAAGUAGCUAGGUGUAGUAAACUGUCGCAAGAUGCAGUCACAGCAUUUGUUAGUUACUUAACGCUGGAAAUCAGUAAAUCGCUGGAUAAGUGCCAAAGGGCCAAAGAUAUGACCAAGGCUGUUGAAGAUUUAACCAUAGCCGUUGAACGAGGGGAAACCAUAGCAAAACAAGUUUUCAUGGGUAUUCAAACACACCAAGGAUCAGCUUCUUCGAUUUCUUCUUCAUUAACGUCAACAAAUUUGGCAUCGACCACGCAAAAUACGACUUCAUCGUUGUCGUUUGAAGUAAAAAAUUGGAAGAAAGAAUUGGAUCUCAAGAGCAAAGAGCUUUUUGGAGAGCUUGCGCCAGCAAUAACUCAAUUUCAUCAAAGGUAUGUUAAAGAAAAUUGCUUGAAGAGCGAGUGGGAUACAAAUACGCGCGCGUUAUGGUGUCCUUGGUCAGGAAAAGCCAGUCAACGGGCAGCUACGUUGGUCGAUUGCUUGAGAGAUGGGUGGCAACAUCUCUUGCGAGACCGAGCCACGCGAAGUCUCACUUACAACGACGAACAGUUUCACGUUUUGGAACGAAUCAAGGUCACCGAGACUGGACGUCGUAUGAAGGAGCUAUUGGAGAAGCAGGUGACCCCGGCAAUAACUCAGCGCUCCGAGUGCCUCGCUGAUUGGUACAAAAUGGCUCAAACAGUUUUUCUGCAGACCCAAAUUUUGGACAGUGACAUAGAUAAUUACGAGCUCGCCUUGGAUAGUUUCUUGUUGCGGUUGUCACAAGAGAGCAAGGAGCGCUAUGAAUACAUUUGUCGGACGUUAGAUGAUUGGUUGCCCAUGAUCGGUAAACAGUUCAACAAAGGUACCAAAAAAUCUCAGACUGAGUUUGAUGAACAUAAAAAACGGCGGGCUAUGCUGGAGGAAGACAAGUGGCAAGACAUUUAUUCAAUGCAGGAAGAGAUACUCACGAUAUUGUGCACAAAUGAAUUGCUCGUAGAAGAUAUCGUCAAGACUACAGCGCAGUUGGCAGCCACUGAGGAGGAGCUGCAAACGUUAGAUUUGAAUGAGUAGGUAAUGCGCAUGCGAAGCACGGUGAUUGUUUUUUUUGUCAAACAAUGUUUGUUGAAAGUGUUAAAUUUUAUAAAAAUCUAGCAC